CCUGCAUUGAUACUAUAAAUUUGCUGCACAAGUUCCAUCUGCUAGUAAUUCCUCAAGAUUUCUCGAAGAGGGAUGUCACUAUCAAGUUUGACACUUGAAAAGUUCCCCGAAGGCUCCAAUGGCCUAACUUAAUUUGGACAGCACACAAUUGAGUUUGAAAUCCUCAAAAUCAAACAGCUUAACCAGUUUUCUUUCCAAUUCUGAAUUCUCCACCGCCCAGUUUACCAAAAUUUUCCUCAUCUAUAUAUGAACAUAUGCCAUCAAAAUUUGAAGCCCUCCAGUGAUCUGUUUCUCUUACAGCUAAAGCUAAUAUUGUAUGAAGGUCAGAAAGCACACCAACAUCAAUGGAAGGGCUCUGCGGUAUUUUCUGUACAAGACUAAGCAGAAAAACGAAGAAGAUGAUCAAGCAGAAAACAGCGGCGAGUAUAAUUGACAGCGAUGACAGGACUCAUGAAGGCGUUAGAACUGUGGAUACCGGCAAUUGCUGUGAGUUCUCCGGCCAUUCUGACGUUUGCCUUUGCAUAGUGACUUGGAAUAUGAAUGGACAGGUAUCCUCAGAAGAUAUAAACAAGCUGGUUGGUAAAAUUCGGAAGCUGGAUCUUCUUGUGAUUGGUCUGCAAGAGGUGCCUCGGGAGAACAUUGCCCAACUAUUGAAGAAUGUCUUAGCUGAUACUCAUAUCCUUCUGGGGGAAGCUAUAAUGCAAUCACUGCAGCUGUUCGUAUUUGGACCGAAACAUUCUCAGCAGUUUGUAAGAGGAAUAAAGGUGGAUAAGCAGCCUGUUGGUGGGCUUGGAGGGCUGAUCGGGAGAAAGAAAGGAGCUGUUGCUAUCAGAAUUAAGUACAAGGGAAUACAAAUGCUGUUUGUUUCUUGCCAUCUUGCUGCACAUGUUGGCAAUGUGGAAGAGAGAAACGACCAGUUCAGGCACAUAUCACGCUCCAUCUUCUCCAAGGAUUGGAACCCCAAUGCCACACCCGCCCAACUCACCGUAUGGUUGGGAGAUUUCAACUAUAGACUUGAAGGAAUUAAUACAUUUCCGGCUAGAGAUUUGAUACACGAAAACCUUCAUGAACUGCUGACUAGCAAGGACCAACUUCUGCAAGAAGCUGAAAGAGGGCAAAUUUUUAAUGGAUUUCGAGAAGGAACAUUAUCGUUUAAACCAACAUACAAGUACAAUAUAGGAAGCAGCAAUUACGACACUAGUUACAAGGUUCGGGUUCCAGCGUGGACAGAUCGCAUAUUGUUCAAGAUUGGCGAUCAUGACCGCAUAAGGGCAACAUUGCAUUGCUAUGAUUCUAUGGAUACCAUCAGCAGUUCUGAUCAUAAACCCGUGAAAGCCCAUAUCUGCUUAAAUGUGAACAGGCAGUCAUCCCACCCAAGGAUAGAGCAAUGAGCUGCUCAAUUCCAAAAUUUUCUAUUCAUUUUGUCCAGAAUCUGACGUAACAUAUUGCAUGAUUACUUUGUACUAACUAAUGCAAAUGCAACUGUAUAUGCUCAGUUUAUGAGCUUAUGUAGUCCAUUUUUCAGAACUUAUUACAGUAAUGCUGGUAAAAGAAGGGAACUCAGUUAUUUAAUUUUUUUUU